AUGAGACAAGAAUUAGAUGGUGUGGUUACCGCAAUUGCUUCUCUGCAACAGUCUAUUAAUGAAUUGAUCAAGCGUUCUGAUACCGGCACCAGUCAUUCGAAGAAACCGUCGUUUUAUAAGGCUUCCACUGAUCCAGAUGGUGACGGAUCGAGUAUUAUGGGCAAACACAAACCGGCUCCGGUGUAUUUAGCGAGAUUUAACGACGAGAAUCCGGAACGAUGGCUUGCUCAGGCGAGCCGUUAUUUCGAGUUUUACGAGAUUCCGGAGCUCGACCGACUGACCCUCUCUUCGUUUUACCUUGAUGAUGAUGCUGCCGAUUGGUAUGAUUGGUUACGUCGACAUCACCGGGUCACGAAUUGGGAAGGUUUCACGGCGGCUCUCUUGAAGCGAUUCAGAUCGGCUGAGUUCGAAGAACCUGAAGGUUUGCUUGCUAAACUGUAUCAAAACUCCACUGUUGCUGAUUAUCGUUCCAAAUUUGAGGCGAUUUCCGACCGCACUAUGCCUCUUCCGGAGGAAUUUCUGAUUAGUUGUUGGAUAUCGGGUCUCCGGUCAGAUAUCAAACAAUCCGUUAUUUGUCAUGGGCCGGUCACUCUUGAAGAUGCAAUGGAUAAGGCCCAGUUGCAUGAACGACGGAUCCAAUUUGAAAAGGGUUCGGGUCGGGUUUCUCUUGGAUCUUCAAAACCCUUAUUACCUACACCCAAAUCAACCCCGAUAGCUCUUCCGCCCCCUUCUCCAGUUUCACCUAAACCAGCCACUACGUCCACAUCUAAGGUUGGAUUUCGUCACUUAUCAUCGGCAGAAAUGGAUCAGAAACGCUCGCAGGGCUUGUGUUUUCUAUGUGACGAGAAAUACACUUGGGAUCACAAGUGUAAAUCCGCUCCACAACUCCUCUUUUUUGACGACGACCCACCCGAUUUGGGCGAUUCACCGACUUCGCCAUCUUCCGAAGGUACUGAUUUAUUAUUAGCUGAAAAAUUGCAACUAGACGAAGUAAAAACUCAAUCGGCUAUUUCUUAUAAUGCUUUGUCGGGAGGUUGUUCAUCUACUACGUUACGUUUUACCGGGUUGGUUCAGGGGAAAGAGGUGCAGGUAUUGUUAGAUGGAGGUAGUACCCACUGUUUUGUGCAAACGAGAAUCGCUAACUUCCUUAAUCUCACCAUUGAAUCAAUCGAACCCUUCUCUGUGUUGGUUGGCAGUGGCGAACGCCUUCCGUGUUCCGGGUUGGCUAAGGCUGUGGAACUUGUUAUACAGGGGCAUUCAGUUGUGGCAGAUUUUUAUGUGUUACCCUUGCAAGGUUGGGAUAUUGUGUUGGGAGUUUCUUGGCUAGCGACCCUUGGACCGGACCAACAGGUGAAAUGGCAGGGUGAUGUUCCUACAGCUCAAGAGAUACAAUUCCAUGGGUUUCGAAAAUUGGUUCACUCAAAGGGUAUUGGUCAAUUAUACCACUUAAGUCUGCUACCUCCGGAGUCUAGCCCACCUACUUACCCUUCUGAAUUACAAGACAUUUUGACUAGCUUCUCCGCUGUUUUUAACCCACCCAUGGGCUUACCACCGACCAGAUCUCAAGAUCGCCACAUUGAAUUAUUACCAGCUAGUAAACCGGUGACUGUUCGACCUUACCGAUAUCCUCACUUUCAAAAACAAGAAAUUGAACGGUUGGUUAAGGAGAUGCUCCAACAGGGGAUUAUUCGUCCAAGUACGAGUGCGUUUUCUUCCCCGGUAUUAUUGGUCCGCAAGAAGGAUGGUACUUGGCGAUUUUGUGUUGACUAUCGUGCGUGGAAUUCCAUCACGAUACGGGAUCGAUUUCCUAUACCAUCGGUGGAUGAGUUGUUUGAUGAGUUACACGGGGCCCGUUAUUUUUCUAAAGUAGAUUUAUUGGCGGGAUAUCACCAAAUUCGUAUUGCUAGCGGUGAUGCUAUGAAAAUCGCUUUUCGCACCCAUGACGGGCACUACGAGUUUUUGGUUAUGCCCUUUGGGCUUACCAAUGCCCCGUCCACAUUUCAACGUCUUAUGAACGACGUGUUUCGGCCCUUUCUUCGUCGGUUUAUCUUAGUUUUCUUCGACGACAUUUUGAUCUAUAGUAAAUCUUGGUCAGACCACUUACAUCACCUCACCGUUACCCUACAAAUAUUACUCGAUAACCAAUUGGUUGCUAAGCUAUCCAAAUGCGUCUUCGGUCAACCUCAAGUCGCUUAUCUCGGUCAUAUAAUCUCUUCUUCGGGUGUGGCUGUGGAUCCCGACAAAAUUAUCACGUUACAACAAUGGCCGAUUCCUCAAAAUGUACAAGUCCGCAGGUUUUUGGGCCUUACCGGCUACUACCGUUGUUUUAUCAAAAACUAUGCUUCCAUUGUCGGGCCCUUAACCAAUCUUCUCCGAAAAGACGCGUUUUGCUGGACCGACUCCACCUUACAAGCCUUCAAUACAUUAAAGAAUCUCCUGAGUUCCACACCUAUUUUACGACUCCCGGAUUUCUCAAAACCCUUUACCGUGGAGAGUGAUGCUUCGGGUACCGGUGUUGGGGCGUUAUCACAAGACAAACACCCACUCGCUUAUUUUAGUAAGAAGCUCUGCCCUCGUAUGCAGCACGCUUCUACUUAUCAUAGAGAAAUGUAUGCGAUUACGCAAGCCAUAUCCAAAUGGAGACAAUAUUUAUUGGGUCAUCGUUUCACUAUCAUCACUGAUCAACAGUCCCUUAAACAACUUCAAGGUCAGGGACGGUUUUUGGUUCCGAACAACCACUCCCUGCAGCGGCUGAUUCUCUUGGAAUUCCACUCGUCGACCUUGGGUGGCCAUUCCGGUGUUACUCGCACAUAUCAGCGUUUGGCUGCCACUUUUUAUUGGAAAAAUAUGAAGGCCACAGUCAGGGAGUUUAUCGCUCAGUGCCAAGUUUGUCAACAAACUAAGCCUUCCUCCUUAUCUCCGGGUGGAUUGCUGCAACCGCUUCCUAUUCCACAGGCUGUGUUUGAGGAUAUUGCUCUUGAUUUCAUUACGUGUUUACCUAAUUCGCAUGGGAAAACUGUUAUAAUGGUGGUUGUCGAUCGGUUGUCCAAGUAUGGACACUUCAUUGCCUUACCAUCUUCUUUCAAUAGUUUUACAGUUGCCACCGCCUUCAUUAAUGAUAUUGUUCGCCUCCAUGGUAUUCCCUUAACUAUCGCCUAA